UCCCACUGGCAUGCGCCUUCAAGCAGUUUCUCUCGCGAUUCUUUCUUUGAUGGCGGCUGGGGUUUCCAUUGGCCUCCUCGAUCGCGCCAUCGCUGAUGCGCGGCACUUCGUCGGCGCUUUUGGGCCGCAGGCUACUUUCACGCAACUGCCUGGCCUCAUCCACAGAUCCCACGCGGAGGUGCUCCACUUGUUCGUCAGGCCCCACGGGGGGAACAUCAUCAUGCUCGACGCUGACGUGUCCGUCCUGCCCGAUGGCCACGCGGAGUGCUUGGCGAUGGCACCUGUGGUCGUUGUGGCCACCAGCGGAUGGGAAUGCUCAAACCGUCAGUAUUGGUACGCCAUGGACCCUGCGGGGCUGCGGGGCGGGGAAGGCCGCAACGUCACACUCACCUUGCAACGCCUGUUGGGCACAGAUCCCAAUUCCACUGCGGAAGAACAGUUGGGUCGCAUGCCGGGGUCCCUUAACGCCAAGCCGCAUAAGCUAUGCACGGCGCAGCUUGUGACCGUGUCGCGAAGUUUCUUCAACGCUGCCCGCUUCUACUCCCUGACCGCCAGGCACACGCCGCGCCUGACCGUCGACAGAGCGGGCGACGUGUCGGCGCAGAUACCUCGCGCACCUGCCCAGUACAAGGCGUCAUCUGUGGCCCACGACGCCAGCAGCUUGGACUGGAAAGCGUGCUGCGAGUUCUGGGAACUGUCGCCGCACGCUUCCCUGCAAGAUUGCAUCGCGGCCGUGCAUUGGCGCAAAACUACAGCGUGGGAAGCUUACAGGGAGACGACCGCUAAGAAGGCCAGGGACAGGGCGCCAAGCGGGGCCGCGCCGCCUGCGCAGCCACCAGCCCCGUCCAGGCCGUCGGGGCACUCCCCGGGCGCUGCGGAGCCAGCGCCUGCUACGCCGCCGGUGUCUACAGCCCGCGCGCUCGCGGCCGAGCAAAGCGGCCUUUGGCCCGCGGCGUCCUUCCGUCGUUUCUCGGGCGAUUUGGGGCGCAUCGACUCGUCCCCGUCCCCCGCUGCAAAACCCGCGAGCAACGACCCGCCACGGUCAGGCAAAGCCGUGUCCGAGGGCGGGGCGCCUCCCGACGAUGCUGGCGCGUCGCCCCACCGCCCUCCGCCCCCGCAGCCCGCGGGGGGAGACGGCGCGAGCGUCGACGGCGCCGAGCUGGAGUGCGCCAGAGGAGCGUUCACGUGUGCGGGCUGCGGAAAGCAUUUGGCCAAGACGAGUUUCUCCAAGACCCAGCUCAAGUACGGCAGCGACAAGCGGUGCGUGGAUUGCGCUCAAAAGGCGCGCCCUGGGAAGGGCGUCUGCAGUGGCCAUCGCCCGAGAAAGCUCAAGCAGUGUUCGUCUUGCCGCGCCGAGUUGGGGAAGGCAUCUUUUGCCAGAUCUCUGUGGCUCUCAGCGGAUUACGAGUCCCGCAUCUGCAAGGGGUGCGCUGCGAAGCCAGGCCCGCCCCCAGAUCCUGCAGACAAAGUCGACGAGGACAUGUUUGAGUCUCGGCCAGAGGCUCUACGAUUCAUCCUCACCUCGGCAAGUGCGCUCCCUUCCGUUGACAUCCGUGCCAACAACGCCGCGCGGACCUUGCACGGCCGCUCUCAGCUAACCAGUAUCGAGGUCGACGGGGGCCUGGCGGUGGCAGAGAAGCUUGAGCUUCUCCAGAAAGCGCACGAUGAGGACCUUCAGCACAGCGGUGGGGCCGAUGGACUGCGCCGGGCCCUUGUCGAUGCUAUGGGGGGCUGGACGUACCUCGACCUGGACGCCACCUUCUACACGCGCCGCUCCAACACCUUCCUGGGAAAUUGGAGGCGCUGA